GCUGGAAGUUAUUGAGGGUUGAAGUGAGUGGGAACAAUGUGAUCCAGCAGAAAGGGUUUUCGGAAGAUGGAGAGCUGGCUGCUUAAAUCUUACCUGCUCCUUGUAUUGUCCCUUGAGGCAGUCAGGACAUCUGGUGCUGGGGACAGCAAUGGGAGCAGCUGGUAUCGUGGCUGCUAUAAUUUCACAGUCUUGGACAUCUGGGAGCCAAUAUUCCAGGCAUCGAACUUGAUUGGACCUGCUUUCUGCGCAAAGUGUUGUUUUCAGAAAAGCUUUGAUUUAACUGUGCUUUUAAGUGGGACGGAUUGCUUUUGUGCGAAUGAAACCAAAACAUUCUGGAGUUUAAGUGACACCAAGUCUUCCCUCAGCAAUGAUAUUUCGCUCAAUACCAGCCUGUCCAAAAGUGGCAACCAUACUGCCAGAGAUAACCUUUCCUUAAGCACUGGAUGCAUAAGCAGGUGCUUUGGCUUUGUUUGUUUGUUAUACGGAGAUGGUGAAAGUAAAGCGGCUGUGUAUCAGACAGUUGGGCCAUACAUAAGGAACCUUAGUCUGACACUUAUAGCAGACCAAGUACAGACCAGGAAACCAUUCAUGCUGGAAGUGUGUGGCUAUUUGGCUAGUCCUCUUGAAAAAACCAUUGGUACUGGAACUCUCAAUGCAGCUGACCUGUCUUACGUGCUCUUGAAAAUUCAUUGGGAUAGUGCAGGCCAUAGCAUCCUGAAUGCCACUGUCACCUUCAAUGGAUUUUUUUCUUCAUCUCCUAUUUGGAUCUACACUGAACCUGGAAACUAUUUGAUAACUGUACAUGCAGAAAAUCCAAUCUCGAGGGAGAAGAAGAACAUCAGUGUUGUGGUUAUGGACCCUGUUCCUAUUGCUCUUGAACUGAAGCUUGUACAAAUGACUGAGCAGAUCCCAUCCUGUAUUCCAUUUGAUGUCGAUGAAGCGAGUCCCCUUGAGAAAGUUUUCCUUGGAAUUGACUAUAACUUUGAGGCCUUUGUUGCAAUGGGAAUUGAAUUGAAAUUCCUUUGGCACUUCAGUGAUGACAACAGCACAUAUGCCUCACACAGUUUACAGAACUGCACAGAAUAUCAGCAAUUGGGGUGUCUUUUGGAUACAGUGAAUCAUACUUUUCACCAUGAAGGUGUCUACCAAGUGACAGUCAAUGUAUCAAAUGUCUACGACUGGAUACAGAAAACAAUCAGUGUGGCUGUGGUAAGGAAAUCACUCUCCAGCUUGACAUUUCAGUCAAAAAGUGGUUAUAAUGUUGCCGUUGGUGAGAAUGUAACACUGGAAAUGGAAUUAUUCACCACAAUACGCCAAUUAUUAGCCUUUGAGAUCACAUUUGAACCUGGAAUGACCCAUCGUCACUCACUGGGUGAUCAUUCACCAGCAUUUGAGAGCCAAUCACACCUUGAACUUAUGGAAGACUAUGGCUUACAGAAUUGUACUUUGCGAAUUCAAAUUUUCCACACAUACAGCUUUGUUGGUGGUUUUAACGUUUCAAUUGGCUUGUAUUAUGGACUGGAUGUGCUCAAUGCAACACUGACAGAGCUCAUACAGAUCUAUGAUCCCAUUAACAAAAUUUAUUUGCUCUUUUGGGAUAAAAUAGUUUCUUCAAGAGUAAACCUGACAUUCAGGGUUGCAAGUGAAGUUAAUAAAACUGGGUCACAAUGUAUUUGGACUAUUCAAAAUGGCAACAGCACUUUAAGUUCAAGAAGGACUGCCAACUGGAAUUUCCAAUAUUUAUUUGAAAGAGCUGGAAUCUAUGAGUUACAAGUGACAGCAUUUAAUCCGAUCAGCAGUGCCUCAUUUAGGACCACCAUUGAAGUCCAGGAUGCAAUCCAAGGCCUCUCUCUGUUCAGCUCCAGCCCUAGAUAUCUACCAACUGAUUCCACAGUCAUUCUUUAUGCUGAUGUACUCAGUGGAACUAACAUCACAUAUAUAUGGACAUUUUCUUCUAAUUCAACAGAAGUGGAAGCAGAUACAUCUCGAAUGGUGCAUACGUACACACAGCCAGGAGUCUACUUAGCUAGUGUAACAGCAAGAAACAAUUUACAUGAAAUAACAGCAAAUGCAAUCAGGUUUACAGUACAAGAUCUCGUGGGAGAUAUUAUAACAAGCAUUCCCAACAUAAUCACAGUUAAUCAAACAGUAAUCAUCUCGACUUCUGUAACGUCUGGCACAGACCUGACGGUUGAAGUGCUGGUGAAUGAUUCCACACUGUUCAAUACCAGUAGUUACGUGGCAGACAGUCCACUGGAUCUGCCUUUUGUCUUCAGUCACAUAGGGGAAUUGCAGCUGCUACUUCGAGUUGCAAACUUGAUCUCUUCUCACAAUGUUUCAGCAACAGCAUUGGUGGUUAAAGAAAUUCAUGUUGUCGUCAUAGAAAUACAACAACAGCCUAUUGUUGGCGAAGAUGUCAUCCUUAUAGCAAAAGUUAAUGAAUAUCUAUGGAAAAAUAGAGCAUACAUAUACAAAUGGACUCUGUUUCAUAACCAGACAGUGACAACUGGUAGUCCUGUUCUAUUGUACAGCUGCGGAAAAGCUGGACUUCAUCGGGUUUCUUUGUCGGUUUCUAAUCUGGCAUCUGAGACUUCAAGUGAACUUUUUUUUAAUGUUUCCAAACUGGGUAGUGGGCCAAGACUCUCACAUUUGCCCAACGUGGCAGCUGGAAAACCAGUAACCUUUACAUUUAAGAACAUUUCUCCAGACAUGGGUGAUGUUGUGAUGCACUUUGGUGAUGGAAAUAUGACAAACAUUUCAGGUUCGAGUUCCAAUAGUUUCACCAUCAACCACACUUAUGCAGUUGCUGGAAUCUAUAACAUUGAUGCAUUCGUCAGUAAGCAGAUUUUUCUGCUGUCUUCAACCAUUGUAAUUCAGGACCUAAUUCAAAAUCUGUACCUCAUGGGUCCAACCAACUUAAGCAUUGCUACAAGUCCACUUCAAACUACCAUGGCAAAAUGGAAAGCGAGGCUUGGGAGUGGAUCAAAUUAUAUCUUUCUGUGGUUGUACUCAGAUGGCAUAAUGAACCACACUCUUGUAGGUCCAAACCAGUUGAUUAUGGCGAUUAACUCAACUGGUUUAAUAAGUAUUGAGGUUGUUGCACAGAAUGAAGUGAGCUGUGCCAGAGCCAGCAUGACAACAGUUGCUCAGUAUCCUAUAAUGAGUACUACUAUUACUGUGGCUCGAGUAGCACUGAACAAAGUCAGUAACAUCGUACUUAAUAUAAAGCCUAAACAAGACUAUAUCAUUGCAAUAGACUACGGGGAUGAAACAAAUGACCUUUUUGAACCACAUUACCUUGAUUCUCGAACUGGCUGCUUGGAAAUUUCUCUUCGUUGCUUGAAUUUUGCUUUUUAUCAUAAGUAUGCUGCUGUUGGUCAAUACCAUUUGAGUGCUACUGCUUCCAAUAACGUAAGUACUGUUGUAUCAACAGCCAUUGCUGUUGUUGAGGAGCCUAUUACUGGUCUUAAUUUAAUUCUGAAUUCACCAAGAGUGAUCAAGUUCAAAGACUACAUUAAUGCAACAGCAUCAGUACAAACUGGUACAGAAGUUACCUUUCAGUGGAUCAUUUCAGUACCUCACUCCAACCCAUUUAUUUUUACUCAAGAGUGCAAUCUUGUUAGCAUGAUUAAUUACCAAGCACAUGCAGGAGGCAAUUACUAUGUUAAAGUAAUAAUUUCCAGCCCACUAUACAGCAGUCCUUUCAGUCGAUUGCUUCCAGGUGUUGUAAAAGUAAGAACUCCCAUUGUGGGUUUACAGGCAUUAUUCCCCUUUAAUACCAACAGUGCAAAGCUUCUGCUACAGCUAGAUGAUAGCUAUGCCACUCAAAUCUUGGGCUUUAGUGUUCAUACCUUUUCUGAGGAAGUCAAGUUUUCAUUUGACUUUGGAGAUGGCUCACCGCUACUUAUUGUCAGUGGAAUGCAGAGUAGCUUUGACGGUACAUUUGCUUCUGGACGACACAAGUUUACCAAAGAGGGUGUGUUCUACAUCACAGUCUCAGCUUUCAAUGAGUUCUACAAUGCUACUAAUGAACUUGGUGCUUAUUAUGUGCAAUUAGUUCCAGAAGGCCUGCUAUUGACCAUGAAUUCCAGUGUAAUCCACAAAAAUGAAGUCAUUCUGUUCAGUGCAAUACUAAGGAAAGGAACUGAUGUGACUUACAGCUGGAACAUGGGUGAUCAAACUUCCUAUGUAGAUGAAGGUCCUACAAUCAAGCACAAGUUUUUGUCUGCUGGAAUCUACAAUGUCACAGUAAAUGCAAGGAAUAAAGUGGGGCUGGUCUCAACUUACGUAAAUAUAGCUGUGCUCUACAGAAUGCAGCCUGUUUAUAUCUUUACAAAUAAGACUAUAUACGCUACCUUUUCUGACAUCGUGUUCACAGCAAUAACUGCAGAGGAUGACCCUUUGCAGUUUGCCUGGCAUUUUGGAGAUAAACCACCAGUGAAAACUACAUCGAGAACAAUAACUACAAGAUAUUCCACCCCAGGAAGGUAUAAUGUGGUAGUAAAUGCCUCAAACCAGAUUAGUUCUUUCACAUCAAACAUCUACCCCAUAGAGCUACAGCAGGUAGUUGAACCGAACAGGCUCCGAAUGAACAACCAAGAUCUUACUUCAGUUCUUUUAAACUCCAGUGUUACUAUGGAAGUGCGCAUUAACUAUGGAACCAAUCUCACUUAUUUGUGGAAUUUUGGUGAUGGCACUGUGACGAUUGGGAACAGGAGAGAGUUUCACAGUUACGAUAGAGAAGGAGAAUUUACAGUUCAUGUAAUCAUCUUUAACAAUGUGAGCUCUGCCUCACUCUCUGGCCAGCUUUUUGUCAUUUCUGAAAAUUGCCAGCCACCUCCAGUGAAAAGCUAUGGUCCAUCAAAAAUAGAGGUUAGAAGAUAUCAGUCUUUCAAGCUUGGAGUUACAUUUGAGAGUGAGUUUGCCUGUAACAUCUCCAGAGGUAUUCAGUACACCUGGUCCUUCUUUCAGCCAGACAGUUCGCUGGUCACAUUAUCACAGAUUGAUGUUAACAAACAGUCUAUACUCAUUCCAGGCUAUCUACUGGAUUACGGAAACUACCUUGCAAUUGCCAGGGUUCAAAUUGUUGGCAGCGUGGUUUAUAACAACUAUACUGUAAAUGUUGAGAUCCUUCCUACCCCACCAGUGAGUCUCAUUUCAGGUGGUACACAACUCUUUAUGACCUAUAAUCAUGAGUCCAUCAUAAGUUUGAAUGGAUCAGAAUCAUAUGAUCCGGACUAUCCAGGUACUGCAGACCUCAGAUUUUCCUGGGCUUGUGAAACAGUGAGUGGAUUAAAUGUCCCUUGUUUCAAACCUGAUUCCCCAGACCCGCUGAACACAACAUCCAGUAUGAUCGAUGUCUCAAUGUCUGCACUGAAAACUGAUAUUGAUCAGUUUGUCUUCAAGUUAACAGUUAACAAUAAGAAAAGAUAUUCUUCAGAAGCACAGCAGUUUAUAACCAUCAAAAAAAAUGACAAUUUAAGACUGGUGAAGAUCUACUGUAUUGAAUGUCUGAAUAAUUCCAUCAACUGGAACAAUGCUUUUUCUGUCAAAGCUGUGUGUGAGGAAUGUUCUGAAGCUUUGAAUCUCUCGUAUUCUUGGAAAUUAUAUCUUGUGAAUUCAACCGAAACUGAUCCUCUUGAUGUUCCAUUUUGUAAACUUGUCGUAGACAAUUUACAAUCAAGUUUGUAUGGCCCUGUCAUGACUGUGGCACCUUCAGCUGAGGUGACUUCCAGCGGCCAGACGUUAAUAAGUACCGCUAUGAAUGGGACCAGUACUCAAAGAGCUCAGUCUACAACCAGCCACAUCAACAAAGGUAGUGUCGAUGCUUGGAUUGACUCAGUUGUUCAAAAUAAUUCUGACAUAGUGGUCAGCACUGCUACAACUUCAACCCCUUCUGAUAUUGCAAUCAAUGCCUCCACGAUUAGUGCAACAAACGGAACAAUAAGAGCCGCUACCUCACAAACUCCAUUCCCAUUUCCAGUGCCAGAGGAACAAGUCUUCAAUGGGAGGCCUCGUGCAAGGCUACCAAGAAAUGCCAUGUCAACAAAUGCUUCAGAGAGUUUGCAGAUCUCAGCAAUACCUAUAACCUCUCCCAUUAUAAAUGGCAUAGAAAGCAAUGGAUCACAGCUUCACCUCUCAGAGACCAGUGUUACUGAAAACGGAGCAAAUGUCAGCAAUAGCACCAAAGUGAACAAUAGCAGCCGUGUCUUCGGGGAAGGUUCUUCAAUCUCAACAGAGAACUCCACUGAUUAUUCAGAGUAUGAUACACAUUAUAACACAGUAGAAGGAACUUCUGGGUCUGGUGGGAGGCCAGGAUUUCAAGGAGGUGGAUUCAGUGGGAGUAAUACAGAUACUGGAGCUGGAGGAUCCAGUUUUGGAUCAGAAAAAGGAGACGGUGAUGAUGUUCUUCCAGACAUACAGCCUCCACCUGCAUCAAGACCGAGCCCCAUGAUCGAGUGGCCCAAAGUAGCUAUUAAUGAUAGGAAGUUUGAAACAUACACAACAACAGGUAUAAAAUCACAGACUUUAACAUUUCAACCUUUCAGCCUGAAAAGCAAGAAGAUUUACAUGAUAGAAGUUACUGUGGGAGAUCAGAGCCAAACAGGAAAAGCACAACUUUUCCUCUUCAUGAAUGAAGCUCCGCGAGGAUUGUCAUGUGAAGUGCGACCCAGCAUUGGAUCAGAGAUUCUGACACAUUAUAGCAUGUUCUGUACUUCAGGCAGGAAGGAUCUGCAUUAUGAGUACAGCUACAGCGUUGGCAAUUCAACUGAAACAAUCCUGUAUGAUGGAAGAGAUCAUGAAUAUUACUUUAAUUUACCUGCUGGUGAAGCAACUGAUGAAUAUAAAUUGACAAUCAACACUGUGAUCACUGACCUUCUCGGAUCUAAAACCAAGCCAUGUCCGGUUACUCCGAUUGUUUUACCAAGAAUUAAAACAGAUGAAGAACUAUACAAUCAGGGUCUUCAGAAUCUUUCAAUUCUCAUGUUGUUGGGAAACCAAAAGGAAACAAAAAAUUACAUUCAAUUGUUAACCAGAGUGCUCUAUCGUCUCCAUAAAGAAGGAUAUAGCACAAGAGAUUUCCAGAAAUGGACAAGAAAUGCAUUAAUUCAAGCUCUUUGCAGCCUAACUAUAUCUAGUCAGAGGGAGCUGAUGGAAACGGUAUCUGUAUUGCAUGACCUUGUUAAUAUAACUGAUGAGGUGACUUUGGAAAGUGCACUAGUUGUUACAAGAGCAGUCAAAAACAUGAUCAAACUAUUUACUGAAUCCCGAGAGUUCAGAAUGUAUGAAGAAUUGGUGAAGAAAAUAGUCUUUGUGGUUUCUGAUGUAAUGGGUGUGACUGACAACGUCACAGGAACAUCGAAGAGUUUGUUAUUUGAAGGUUUGAAAGCAACAACUGAAUUGUUAUUGAUGUAUGUGGUAAUCAACAAUCAAUCACAGUUUUACAUGAACACCAAUUUAAUGGAGCUUCAGACCACUCAAAACUAUGGUUUUCAGAACACUGUUCAAAGCACACAGUCUGUGAAGUUUUACCUUCCUGAUCUUCUGGAUAAGCAGAUUUCUGAUGAAAGAAGUAGUUGCAUCAUAAGUCAUCUGACCAGCUUCAAACAGAAUCCAUACGUAUGGGGAAUGUCUCCAGUGGAGAUUAAUGGUGAUGUUGCUGACCUGACUUUGUAUAAUUGCACAAACAGAAGAAAAAUUGAAGUAAAAGGGCUCAAAUCACCAAUUCUAAUUGAGUUUGAAAGGAAGGACACAAUUCAGGAACAGCUUUCAGUCUACUUGCUACUUCGUACCCAAAUGAAUGUUCAUAUCUUGCCAGUGACACCGGCAAACAUGCAGCAAGCUUUGCAGAUCAGAGUGAACUUCAAUCAGCCUAAUCAGCAAGUGUUUCCUGUCAUGCUGUUAGUAAGAUUCAACAAGGAACCAACUCCAAGUAAAUAUAACCUGAAACAAAUCCAUUACUGGGAUGGAGAUACAAUACACUUAUUUAUUCCAGCAUCAUCACUUCUAGGUGUAGGGACAUAUUAUCUUGGUCUCUUAGAUGCUAACUAUAAUAGAAGACCGAAAAAUAACUAUCUUGCCAAUAAUGUGAGUUAUACUGUGAACAUUCAGUGGACCCAAUGUCUGUACUGGGAUGAUAACCGAGAGUGGAAAUCUGAUGGCUGUUCGCCCCAACAAAAAUCAGAUUCAGAGAAAAUAAACUGCAGUUGCAACCAUAUGACAACAUUUACAGUUUUACACAAGGAGCUUGUGAUGAAGGAGGUACAAUUCACAGAUGUCAUGAUCUUUAUCAGUGUCUUUGAAAACUAUGCCACUUGCAUCACUGUGCUGUUUGCUCUAACUUUAUACAUUCUACUGGUUAUCUUGUGUAAACGCAUGGAUUUUUCUAUGGAGACAAAACCUGGACUUGUAGUAUUGCAAGAUAAUACUCCUACUGACCAGUAUCUAUAUGAGAUCAUUGUUGAGACUGGCUUCAGGACUAGAGCUGGGACUACUGCUAAGGUUUAUAUCAAACUUCAUGGAGAAGAUGGUGUUUCUGAAACAAGAGAGUUAUUCCAUCCUGAGCAGCAAUUAUUUGAGAGGAAUUCCAGACAUACAUUCAUCAUGAGCGUUCCAGAGAACCUUGGUUCUAUUUGGAAGGUUCGCCUUUGGCAUAACAAUGGUGGCCAUUCGCCCAGCUGGUAUGUCACCUCCAUCAUUGUCAAGGACCUACUUCAUGACACGUGCUGGUUCUUUCCUGCUGAAUGCUGGCUUGCUGUUGAGGAAGGGGAUGGCAAAGUGGAACGAGAAUUAAUCUCACUCACUCAUGGGCUCGGCUUCAAGAGACUUUUAUACAGUAAAUUAACUGACUACAUGGAAGACUUCCAUCUUUGGGGAUCAGUGUAUAGUCGUCCAUCUUACAGCUCUUUUACUUAUACUCAACGCCUCAGUGUCUGCCUUUGCCUGCUUUUGGGUUAUAUGUGCCUGAACGCCAUACUGACUUACCUGAAGGAUGAGGAGUACACAGCUGAACUAGGCCUUAUUGAUGUCUCCACAACCUCCUUAGUUACUGGAUUGAUUACGACUGUUGUGGUUCUGCCAAUUAUACUGUUGGUAUCAUUGUUAUUCAGAUUUAGCAAGGUAAAAUCGCUGCAAGAAGCUUCUGUUGAAGAACAGUAUGUGACUGCAAGAGAAUCUGUUGAAGCACAUCGUGAUGCUCAUCUGGCGUUGGACAGUGCAUUUGAAUCCUACCUAUCUUGGCAGAAUCUUCAACAAUGGGCACAGGAAGUGUGGAGGAAAAAAUAUGAGCGUGGUUUACUGGAGUCACAAUCUCCCAGCAUUCACUCAGAGCGCUACAGUGAAAGAAGCAACAAGAAAGAUGGAAAUUGCUUGUCUGAAGGCAGCUCAAGUGGAUUUGAGGACUGCAGCUCACAGGAAAAUGCCAAACCAGUGCCAAAGGAUUCCAAACGUAGCUCGAGUGAAUUGCGAUCAGAUUAUUCAUCAGAACACAGCAGUUUGUUUGAUCGGCCUGUGGUGAAUAGAACCAGACAUUUUCUCCCAACUUGGUGCAAUUAUCUAGCCUGGGUGAUCUGCCUUUUAAUUGCUUUGGUGUGCAUAUUGACAACAAGCCUGUUAGGACUACGGUUUGGACCAACUGAAUCGGUACUAUGGUUACAUUCACUGUUCUUCUCUCUCCUGUAUUGCAUCUUUAUCAUCCAACCUAUUGCACUUUCCAGUCUGCUGGCCAUACCAUUCCAUUCCAGUCACCAGUUGUCAUGCUCCGCAACAGGUUUUCGGAAUUACUGUAAUGGUACAACAGUACAGGGUGACUGCCGUAUCUGUGGAGUUGAUUUCCCCUGUUUCAGUUAUCCGCGGUUUACAGUGGCCCGGACAUAUUACAGGGAAUGUUCCAGAACCAGGGACCAGGGGGCUGCUGGGAAGAUUUUCUGCACUGCAGCUGUUGUUGCAUUGAAAAACAAGAAUUGCAAUGACAUUUACAGCACGAUCAAUUCACAUUCUUCAUCGGAACCCUGCAAGCAAUGGAAUACUGAAGCUGGAAUCCUUUCUGAGAGAAGCCGCAUUGAUAUUAAUUACAAUCCAUACAAUUCUGCUAUGGAUCUUGACAGGAUUGUUGCUGCUCGUCAAAGGGCUCGCUAUUUACGAUUAGCUCGACCACCGACACUUGCACAACUUAAAGAAGCCAGAGACCGUAUGAGAAAAGAAAGCCUCAUUCAGCAGACAUUACAAGAGUUUGUACUUUAUAUUGUCAUGCUGAUUCUUCUGCUGUUGAUAACAUUUGGCAAAUUUUCCAAAGAUGAAUAUUACCUCAACCAAGCCAUUCGGGCAGAAUUUACGAGGAAUCAGAAAAAUCCUUUCAUCAAUAUUAAAACAGUUGAUGACUGGUGGAAUUGGAGCUUCGGUGCCUUGUUACAUGGUCUGUACUGGGACACAUGGUAUAACAAUGCUGCAGCAAAAAGUCAGGCUGGUCCUCUUCACGGAAAAUGCUAUUUGAUUGGUGUUCCAACACUCAGGAAAAUCCAAGUCAACACUAACUCCAUUUGUAACAUUCCAGAAGUAUUGUCAGGAUUUAUCCAGCAUUGUCGAUCUCCAUACACCACUGUGAUCCACAAUCCAGCCCAUUCAAACACGACGAAGCAUGUAGGAAUUGAGCAGUCCAGCCAGUGUGGCCAAUUUAAUUGCUACAGAGGAACGGGAUCUGUGAUUAACCUCAGUAGAACUCGGCACAAGACGUAUGCAACAUUGCUAACACUGAAGGAAACUAGGUGGAUUAAUCAGAACACGAGAGCAGUGAUGGUUGAGUUCACUCUGUACAAUCCUCCCACCAACCUCUUCACGACAGUGUCUCUGCUGGCAGAGUUUCCACCAUUAGGGGGUGUACUUCCAUCAGCUCGUAUAGAGUCAGUCAGCAUUUACCAGAAGAACUCUGUUGUGAAUUACUUCAUCAUGGCUUUUGAGCUUUUGUUCCUGGCCCUUAUUCUACUUCACCUGUACUUCCAGGUGUGCAAGAUGACUCAGAGGGGCAUGCUGAGUUACUGGCAGGAGCCUUGGAACUGGUUGGAGAUCGGAAUUGUCAUGGUCAGUCUCUUCUAUUAUGUAUAUUAUGUGUUUUACUUCGUAUUGGCUGUGGACAUUAUUGACCAGCUUCACAGUGGAUAUUUCAAAGCCUUUGUAGAUAUGAGCUUUAUCUCUGCAUGGAUGCAGGUGAAACGUUUCCUUCAUGGUUUGAUUGUGUUCCUGCUGUUAAUAAAAAGUAUUCGUUUGCUACGUGUUAACAAGUUGAUCGCCCCAUGUGUAACAAUGUUGCGAUUGUCCUAUUCCUGCCUGAUGUUCCCAAUGCUAUGUUGUAUUUUAGUCAUUCUGGCAUAUUCCUGCCUGGGCAACCUGCUAUUCCUGUCAGAAUCUUAUUCAUUCAGCACCACAGUGAGAGCUUUUCAGACAGUUUUGAUGUACUUCAUGGGCAUAAGUGAAAUGAGAACGCUUUCAACUUUAUACAAGUUAAACCAGCUAUCCAUUGGUGCCUACUAUGGAACAUUUUUUAUUAUUAUGACCAUUCUUUGGGCUGGAUUGUUCAUAGGGAUUUUCACCUCGAUGGCAGAAGAGGCAAAGAAGUCAUCACGAAGUAAACACCUGGUGACAUUCACUGAAUUUGCAGUUUACACUCGAGAGAAGAUAAUGACUUUCACAGGAAGGAACAGAAGCAGAGAAGCAGAUCAUUAUUCAACUCAAGGAAAUAACUUUUACUUAGAUGAGUUUGAAAACUUGAUGGAUGAACUGUUGUUCCGAUUGAAUGCGCUCUCAAACAGCCUUCACCACUCUCUCCCAGCAAAACCACAUUUUCUGGGGGACAGCCCUUCUGGAUUGGGCCAUGGCUAUUACUACAACCAACGAUCUGAGAAUCAUACCUUUCAUGAAAAUCAUUUGGAACAUAAAAUUUACAAACUUGAAGAAGAACUGUUUAGAAAUAAUCUGCAGUUUUAUGAACUUUUACUGCCAGGAAGAGAGCACCAUUCUGAUUCAGACAUCACAGAUUUCAAGACUUUACGGUCCAAGCUCGAGUUGGAGACCCUCCAUCAACUAAAGUUGCGCCAAGAAAAAAUGUAUGAAACAUCGGAGAGUGCUCAAAAUGACAAUGUACCCGAGGACCCUCCAAAGAACGUUGAGGCGGAUCUUUCCACUGCACUGAAUGACUUUUCAUUCCCUGACGACAACGUUAUAAAAAUUGUGCCUUGUUGUGCUCCAAACCCAUGUGAAACAAUUUGCAAUUCUGUUUCAGAAUCUUACAGUACUUCCAUCAACAAAGAUUCUGCACAGCCAGAAGACACAUUGAGUGCUGAACAUUAUAAUCUUGCAAACUUAGGAGACACAUUGCCCCAUGUACUGUGUGGAAUAAAAUGCCCUGAGAAGCAGGCGGCACAAACACGGAUGCUUGAGAGUAGAGCGACUGGUCAGCACCGCUGUUCCUCAGCUAGCACGUUAGGUAAGAACCGUAAGCAGCUUAAACGCUCCCACACCACAGUGAUUCAGAUCCUUGAUAACUCCAAGGAAUUAGCAGUUGAAACAUUUAAGAUUUCGGAGCAAGCCAGUUUUGAUCCUUCAACUCAAUGCUUUGGAAGGUCCAUUAUAACAUCAAGCUCCAGACAACACCCUUCAGCCAAAGUGCACCAGAACAAAGUGCUAGAGGAACAGAAAGGGAGUAAAAACAAACCUGUUAAUUUACCAGAGAAACUCGAAAGUUCAAUUUUAUCUUCACAGGGUAAUGGUGGCCAGAAUGAAAAUAUGGAUGUUCCAGACCUUCCAGGAUCUAUAAAACAGUGCUGGUAACGGAAUGCUUCCCAAUAAAAUGGAGACCCUUCAUUACUUAUCCCUCUUGACUUAAAAAUAUUCCACUUUCAAACAUGUUAAUCACAAAUGGAAAACAGAUUGGUUUCACAUAUGAGGAAUGUUAAGUACAUUGGAUAAAUGAAUGCUCAUGGAAAAAGUCAGCAAUCGUUUUGAGAGAGCUUAAAACUAAUCUACACGUGGAAAUGUUUUCAUGGUCCUCAAAAGUUAAAGCAUUGUGUGAUAUAAUUCAAACUACGAAACCUUAUUGGAAAAUUGAGAAUCUGGUUUAUUUCUUGUUCAGAUACCACAUGCAUUGUUAUCUACCAAUAAUACCAUUUGUGUUUUGGACUGCUUCCAGAAAAAGUUACAGUUACUCUAUAUAAUGAUUAUAUAAUACUUUGUUCCCUACAUUCUUAUUUGCUCAAGCUGAAUGCCUGUGUUUUCCUCAUCUUUCCCACGUUUGCAUUCUCCCUCACCUGCACAGGACAUCCAUAAUUUAUUCCCUAAUCAUCUCUAAAUGCUGUUCUAUUUCUUCUUAAUUUCAGUUCUCACUCUCUCCUACCCCUAAACAUCCAUAUCUACAUAAUCAGCAUGUCAACUUUCUCAUUGUUUAAAUGCACUAAUACAUUUCCAUGUAGGGGGUCCACUGUCAAAGUCCCAAUCAUACUUGCUUGGACUUUAGUUCUUAAUACUCCAUGGCAAGCAAUAUUUGUUCUCCUAUUGAAAUGCUGCCAACUCUGAAACUACUGUCGCAGGUUCCCACACUCUGGUACCACUCUAUGUACCUUAAAUAGAAUUUAUCCCCCAUAUGUAUUGUUGAGCAACUUUUUGUAUAUUACCCUUUGUGUUGUGAACUUCAAAGUAAUUGCUUUCUUAAAUUACUAUAGAAGAAUAAAUACCUUCUGGCCAAAAAUACCUCUAAUUUUCCCUUAAAAUUGGCAAUAAAUUGCAGGUUUUUCGAAUUGUUAUACAUCAACACAUGCAGUAACUUAUACUUCUGUAACCUCUUUAUCCUGGUAAAGCAUCCCAAAGUGCUUCACAGUGGACUUCUGAAUAGCAAACAAUGCCAUUGGAGAUCUGUCUGUUCUGUCCGUUACCGGAAAUCUGAAUACAUUGCACAACAUCAUUAGAAAUCCAUGUAUAGGCCAUUAAUAGCAACUAUUUAGAUUUGUUCCACAUGUUUUAAAUGUCUUAAUUCUUUCAAAGUUUACAUUGUUAUGUGGUCUUAAUUGAUAAAAGUGGUCUUAAGGUAUAAGUAAUUUUUAUGCAUCUGCAUAGAUGGAAAUAGUAAUUGCGUAAUUAGAUGGAAAAUAGAAAUUCACACCAAAAUUUCAGUAAGGAGUAUUGCAAAAUUUGAUGGUUUUAAUGGGUCUCCCCCUUUUUGAUUAUUUAUUUUUCAAUCUAAUUAGGUGUUUAAACAGGUGUCCUCAGAUGUACGUAAAACUUAUUAGCGAUGUGUAUUGAGAAACAUUCAAAAUACUUUGUUUUGCAUUUUAGUAUGACAAUGGGAGUCGCCACUUUAGGAUUCAAAAAAAACAAUUAUACUUAUACCAGUACAUUGAUUUAGCAUUCUGGGGCUUAUUGAACAUUUGCACUGAUAUUCAGUGGAAGUAAUUGUAACAUGAACAGGAUGUGGUAAUGUUACAAGGUCAUAACUGUUGGCAAAAAUAAA